AUGAAGAGUGAGAGAUUCGUUUCUUUUGUAACUUCCUGGAAUUGGAAUUAUAAUUUAGCCUCAGUGGCCACAGAUCAUUUCCAGUUUGAACUUACUCAAAGAUGUAGGGUAAUUACUGAAUGCCAAAGGCAGCAACUAGCAUCUGUGAGCUACUCCUCUCGCUAUGCCCUGGGCCUCUUUUAUGAAGUAGGCAUGAAGAUUGAUGUCCCAUGGGCUGGACGAUACAUCACCAGUAACCCCUGCGUGCGCUUCAUCUCCAUUGAUAAUCAGAAGCGCAGCAUAGAGUCAUCAGAAUUUGGUCCAUCCCUGGUGAUCCACACCACUGUCCCAUUCGGAGUUACACACAUGGAGCACAGGGAGGAAGAUGUGCAGCAGAUAAUCAGCCAGCAACUGGAAACCAUUCUGCCGGGUUUGCCUCAGCCGGUUGCUACCAAAUGCCAGAAGUGGAGGUAUUCACAGGUUAUAAACUCAGCUGCCAACUGUCCCGGCCAGAUGACUCUUCACCUCAACCCUUCCCUGGUGUGUGGCGGGGAUGGAUUUACUCACUCCAACUUCGAUGGCUGCGUCGCCUCGGCCCUGAGUGUCCUGGAAGCUUUAAAGAAUCAUAUUUAGGGUCUAUGUUCUUGUUUUCUACAUUGACUUGGGGAUUUUUUUUGUUUUCACAGACCUCUGUAAUUAAUUACUCUGUUUUCCAUUUUGUGGAGAGAAAUUACUUGGAAAAAUGUCUCCAGUUAAUUGUCAUUUUUCAUGUGAAAUAUAAAAACAAUGUUAUAAUUUUGAUAGCUACCACCCAUAAUAAAAUGAUAAUUUCUUAGACUUUG